AUGGCCCAAAAGUACGGCAGUAGGCGAUGCACCAAGGUUGGCUUUAAAACUUGCAGAGACUGCCACCUAGUUCUUGUAUGUUAUCGCUCUGCUUUCCCAUUUGCCCUAGAUCUAUCAUUGACGACUCUUGGUAGUACUGUAGCAAAAUAUGUCAAAUCUCCCAUUGGCCAAUACAUAAAAAGCUGGAGACCGUCCUGGGACACUGAAGACCGUGUGCCGACUUUCAUCGACAAUCAAAUCCUUGAAGGACCGUUUGUGUUGCACGACUUUGGCGGUACCAAGACUUUCUGGGGAAGGGUACCGGCGAUUGAUUUGCUACAAUUGAAGGAUAACGAAGGAAGGGCCAUUUCUCAAGAUCUCGUGCUGCUUCUUGCUGGUUGUGGUGACUUGCGAAGCUUGAUCAAAACUAUAAAUGCUCUCCCCGAGGCAUAUACAGGCUGUCUGGAUGUCGACCUUAACGACAAGGAGGAGAUGGUGGUUGCACGGAACGUUAUCCUCCUUCUCGUUGCACUCAAUUUCCCCCCGAACGAAGCAAGUGUCCUUAUGCUUCAUCUAUGGUAUUCCGCUUUUCUCCCCAAAGACCUGCUGCAGUCCGUCCAAACCAAGAUCGUCCCACUCCUUCAGGGCCUUUUGACCCUCGAGCGAGAAGAGCCCACGAGUAUAUCAAGAAGGACAUUCUCAUUUCAUGGUGUCACCCUCACUGCUUUCCUCCCUGGUAGCUUCUGGGAAAAGAUAUUAUCAGACUUCGCAAGGUGUUUUAGUACUCCAUUUAGUGAGGCGGCCGCUCUUCGACAAUCUGUAACGAUGGCGGCACACCGACAAGACUAUGUGGAUAGGGCUUUGUUUCGCCUUCCUCCUCCUUGGCGCCUUGCUCAUAUGAGAUUUCGCGAAGACGGACUUCUGUUGCCGUUCGGCGCUUCCCGCGAUGAGUUCAACAUACCCAACCCCCUCUUUUUCCAGACAACCGAGUCUUGGCCCAUGCCUGAUUCGGCAGACCCUCUUGAUGGAUGGAAACUUGCUGAAAUCUUGCAAUCAUCGUAUGGCGCCACAAAUGAUAUACAUGGCCAACUUUACCUGCACGUCCUUGGCUUUUUGAGAGAAUUCUGUGAGAAGUUACCGGGCUUGAAACUCACUAUUUCUCUAUUGAAUAUGGAUGCCUUCGACCUACCUACGAAUUUGGGCAUGUUUUAUGGCAAAGAGCGAGCCUAUGAUCGUAUAGAUCUUGCCAGCGUUGCCAAGACAGGCCCACAACUAGCGGAGGCCCUUGACUCGUUUGGACCACUUCUGCAAUCAAAAACCCAGAAUCCAAGGGCUACUGUGUUAACAAUGUUCCCCGAUAUUGCUCUCAGAAUGCGGACCUUUGCUGACCAAAAAAAUUGGUUGUCUCGAAAGACGGUCACUGUCCAGCAGUUCUUGUCGUUGGAUAGCGCCGACUUGAGUCACGGGUGUUAUAAAGCCGACUACCUGAAUUUCCUGAGCGCGCAUGAUCUGUUUCUGAACAGGAAUGCCAUCUUCAACAGGUUUAUUCAGUCUGCUCGCUUGGCUCAGAUUGCUACAUCUGUCGGUUUGGAGAUGAAACCCAAGCAUACCGUCAUAGCUAAAUGGCCAUUGCGGCUUCCAAAGUCUCCCACGAAACAUGAUUUCGAGAUGUUACACUGGUCGUCGCACCAUGGGUCUGAAAGAUAUAUUGAAUGGCAGAGAGCUCGUUAAAUUUUUCGUGUCUAUCAGAGCAUUGAUUCCUUUUGGAUCUGACAACUACCAAAUUUCUCUGUUUGAACUGAACGUGUAACUCGGGUCCACCAUGGAACGGGAUGGCAUAAAGAGAAGCAACACCCUCCUACGUCUCUCCAACUCCUACUUCGUUUAUUUUUACGGCGUCCCCGAUUUCCCUGAUACGUUCAUCACGAAAGCCGCUCUAAUUUGUACCAGUGUGAUCCUCCCGAUCCACCAUCGCCUUUGUGGCUAUCUUCUUGCUGCCCGUUUGCCGGCACAACGUGGU